CACAAAGCCUCCUUGAAAGACCAGGAGCACCGCUAUGUUGCCCAGAGACUGCAGAAAGAUGCCUCAGCGCAGAUCGAGAAACUGGAGGAGCAAUUGGCCAAGACCUCUGACAAGGCAGCGCCGCUGACAUCAGAGGACAACGGCAUGACCGGCGUAGUCUUCCUCUCUCACGCAGUAGACAGCCUGCGACAGCUGAUGAAGAAGUCUUCGAAGACUCCCAAGGAGCUGUUUGCAGACGCUACCGGCAGCAAAGGCCACUUGAGCGAGGCGGCUUUCCUGGCCAAGCUCAAGGAGAUCGAGGAGUCCGACCCGCAGGCGAUGACCCUCUCGGAGGAGCAGCUGAAGGCAGCCUUUGGCCGCUUAGCCAAUGGCAAGGAAGAUGGCGUCGACGAGACGCGCUUCCUCGACGAGUUCCGGGAACGAUACCUCUGCAGCGCGCCCGUGACGAUGACUGACGGUCUGGUCAUCAAAGGAGGCAAGACCAUCCGAAAAGUGGAUGUCAACGAAGUCCUAGAACAGCUGGAGGAGCCCACCCAGGAAGAGUCUUUGGGCUUGAUCCGAGUCAAGGUCAAAGCUGAGAAGGAUGAGAAGGAAGGCUUUGUGACGGUGGCCGGAAAUCAGGGCACCGUGUACCUGGAGCCUUACACCGCUUAUGUCGCCUUCCAGAAGAGCCUAGAGAAGGACCUCAAGUCUCUCAGGGAGACGACGGCCGAGGUGGGCAAGUACUUGGACAACAAGGUCGGAGAUCUCCAGAACGCCAAGUCAGGGCCGCUAGCAGAGACGAAGAACUCCCUGCUGAAGCUGAAGCCGCGUGUGGCGCAGGUCCAGCAGGCGACGGUAGAUCUGAAAAAGAAGAUCGCGCAG